AUGGCCGAUAACCAACACUCCCUGAAACCCGAAUCCGAAUCCAAAUCCGAAUCCAAAUCAGAAGAAUCUGCAGGAGAAGCCAUCCCUAACCCCUACCCUACCACCCAGGAUGCCUAUAAUCUUCUCGAGCAACUCUCCGAUGGAACCGUAAACUUAGUCUGCAGAGCCUUCUGCAUCCCCAAGAACGAGCACGUCGUCAUCAAGAUCAUCAUCGGCAGCUUCAUCAACAUCAAACUCGAACCCAACCGUCUCUUAACCAGAAACUUCCUCCUCCCCAACCAUCCCAACAUCCUCAAAGCUCACACAUACUUCCUCGUCGGCGACAAUCUUUGGGUGGUCAUGCCCUACAUUGCCGGCGGAUCUUUAACGUCGAUCAUUACAUCCAAAUUCCAUUCCGGCUUCAGGCCUGAAAUCAUCGCCACGAUUCUCCUCGGAGUUCUCACGGGAUUGGAGGCUAUGCAUUCGAAAGGUUUAGUGCACAAGGGCGUCAAGCCUGGGAAUAUUCUUCUAGACGGUGAAGGGAAUGUUUGCCUCUCCGAUUUCGAAGUUUCGUCGUGGAAUUACGACGCAGAAGUUGUUAUAGGUUUGUCUGUUGAUUCUCCGGACACUUGUUCGAAACUUUUCCAGCCGUAUUGGGCGGUGCCUGAGGCUGUCGGUACGAUAUCCGGAUAUGGCGCAAAGGGCGACGUAUAUUGUCUCGGAAUAGUUGCCCUGGAAUUACUCUUAGGAUGCCCUCCGAUCUCGACGUUCCCUGAAUCGGAAUUCUUGCUUUGGCAGAUUGUGCACAGGUUUCAUCUCUCCUUACAUUACAAGAAGCGUCGUAAGGGAAGAACAGUUGAGAAGAAGAAGAAGAAGUGUCCUGAUGAGCUGAAGGACGUGCUCGACGCGUGCCUUUGCCGGGAUGAGGUACGAAGGCCAGAUUCGAAGACAUUGUUGGCACAUCCAUUGUUCGAGAAGAGAUCGCAAGAGCUUAACUACUUGGCCGAGAAUCUGAUGAAUUAUAUACCCGAUGUUGUCGGAAGGUUUAAGCGAAUAACAUUACAGGCGAAUGUAGCUGUUGACAGGUGGAUUCAAUCACAAGCUAAUGAAAGUUCGCUUGAGAGUCCGAUUCUGGGGUGGAAAUACAGUUCGAGAAAGAUGGAAAUGGAGCCUGUUUCGUGUGAGGGGAGUCUGACAAUGGAGGAGAGGGAGAUGAUGAGCUGUCUGAUCAGUGAUGGUAAUGUCGAUGCCGAAACGGAGAUUCAGAACAUAAAGUCUUUGGCUCGGGAGGAGCAAGAAAGAACCGCGCGUCUGAAGGAGACAUUGAAGGUAUAUAAGAUUUUUAUUUGGAGACAUGGUCGGAUGGUCAGAGAAGUUCCGGCGGUGGCGGCGGCGGCGCCGGUGGAUGAGCAGAUGGUGGUUGAAGAGCUGAAACGUCGUCUUGGUGUAGAAGAAGCUCAACUAAGAAGCUCAACUUAG